AUGCAAGACGCAUUACGAAAGGCCGAAGCUUCACACCCACGAGAAAAUGCUCCUAAGCUCGAUCAGAUUCGAAGUCUGGGACUGAUAGGGAAGGAGAAAGAGCGAAAGAUCCUACUCGAUGAUGGCCAGGUCAUGAAAGCGCAUUUCCAACAACAAGCAAGACACCGUGAGGCUAAUCGAGAUACGAACUGGCUUGAUCGACUGGUCACCCUACUAGACAAGGGAAGUACUCAGCUCAUUCGAAACACAGCUGCGUCUCAACUCGCCGACGUUCAGAAGCAAAAUCCAGAUAAUCUCUUCUCUUUGCUCGGCCGUGUUCUUCCCUAUCUGCAGUCCAAGUCAUGGGAUACUCGGACUGCAGCGGCCAAAGCCAUUGGUGGCAUCAUUAGCAAUGCCGAAAAGUUUGAUCCAAAUGCUGAUGACCCGGACAUCAAGGCAGACUCGACGAAACUUGAGGAACCACCGCUCAAGCUCGAGACCAACUCUUCCUAUGUCGAUGAUCAUCUCCAGCUCGCCAAGCUUGACAUCAGCUUAAUUCUUCGUCAUGGCAAGAAGCUUCUCGGUAGUGCCGGGAAGGAGUACGAGUAUUCCAUGGCCGGUAUGACCCCGGCUCAGCGUCUCGCUCAUCAGAAACAAAGCCUGAGUAGCCGCUUGGGUCUUGCCGGUGAGUAUAUGGAGGAUGAUAUUGUCAACGAGCACGAUUUCGCAACGGCUUCUCAACACAAAUCCCUAAACACUCCAAGCCUUUCACGAGUCGACACCCAGUCGGCCUCUCAACGAUCCAACAGCUUUGGAAUUGGCUCACCCUUCGGUGCCAUGUCCCCAUCAGACAAUGCAGCAGUCGAUGAAUCAGGACUGAGCAAGCGUCAACUCAAUCAGCUCAAGCGCAAAAAUAAAUCAGCUGCCAAGGCAGGGGCCAAUAAGAUGAGAGUCGUCGACUUGUCCGGACGUCGGCCAUCAGAACCAGGCCAGACCCCUGUGUCCGCCACUCCACAUCCUGUUAAGCUGAAUGGACAUGGGGAAUCAAACGGUGACUCCAAGCCGGACUACUUUUCCAUCAAGCGAGAAGGCCCCGAUGACGACACAGCACUAGUCUCUGAAUUCAAAGGCGAAGAAGUCCCAGAGAAACCCUUGAUCCAACCCGAUGAGGAACAUGCCCACGAUUGGCCCUUCGAUGUCAUGUGUGACUUCCUCUCUAUCGACCUCUUUGACCCAAACUGGGAGAUCCGACAUGGCGCCGCUCUGGGUCUACGAGAGAUCGUGCGUGUUCAUGGCCGAGGAGCAGGCCGACGCUUCGGAAGAUCGCGAGUCGAAAACGAUCUUGCCAACAAAACCUGGCUGGACGACCUUGCUUGCCGUUUACUCUGCGUUCUGAUGCUGGAUCGUUUUGGUGACUAUGUUAGCGACACAGUUGUGGCACCAAUCAGAGAAUCCAUCGGCCAAACUCUGGGCGCUCUACUGACUCAAUUGCCCGACGAGACCGCCGUUGCCACCUACAAUUUUCUCCAGAAAAUGAUAAAUCAGCAGGAGGCUGGCAUUGCACAGCCUGUCUGGGAGGUCUGCCAUGGAGGCAUGAUCGGUCUGAGAUAUUUCGUUGCCGUUCGAAAAGACCUCCUACUCCAACACAACAAUCUCAUUGAUGGGGCUGUCUCUGCCGUCAUCCAUGGUUUGGCUCACAGUGAUGACGAUGUGAAAUCCGUCAGUGCCGCAACUCUUGUUCCAGUGGCCGGCGAACUUACCACUUUACGACCCGAGGCUUUGGGCGGACUCAUCAGUGUGGUCUGGGAUUGUCUUCUUGACAUGCAGGAUGAUCUUAGUGCCAGCACAGGUGCAGUCAUGGAUCUGCUCGCCACACUUUGUUCCUACAACCAAGUAUUGGAGGCCAUGGGAAAGAAUGCUGCAAUCGAUCCAGAACAGUCAUUCGAUAACCUGGUACCACGCCUUUAUCCCUUCUUGAGGCAUACAAUCACAAGUGUGCGACUGGCAGUAUUAAAAGCCCUAAUAACAUUCCUGAACAUCUCGAAGCCAGAAAGCACAGAGUGGGUUGGUGGACGGAUCACACGAUUGAUCUUCCAGAACAUGUUGCUUGAAAGAAAUGAGAAUGUUCUGUGGACUUCAUUCGAAGUGUGGCAAGCUUUGGUCGCGUUUAUGGAACGCCAAGGACUUUCCCACUUCACCAGUGGCCUCGAAUCACACGUUACUCCGAUGCUAAAGGCUACUAUCCAACCUAUCGGUCAAGCUCGAAGCCCGAUACCCUUGGACACCACUUUGCUAAUCAAGCCAUCUGGCAAUCCAAUGAUGCCCAUCGCUACAAAAUUCGGUUCAAAUCAGGAAUCUGAUCAACACUCCAAGAAACGUCGAAAAAUCGAGAAGUCCGACACAAAUCAACACCAGUCGCACAAUACUGAUGGACACAUGUUGCACGGAGAGGUCGAUUUGGUCGGCGUCGAAGUCAUGAUACGAUCUCGAAUCGCCUGUGCAAGAGCCUUGGGUUUAUUACUUGGAAAGAUGGAUGAACAACAUCUUACUGUCUAUUGGACGUUCCUUACGCCACUUGUCAGCUCCUCGUAUUCAAGCUCCAGAUUGUUCACUUCGCUGCUUCUGGAAGAGCUUGCACGAAACCAAUGCUCAAAGCCCGCCAACAUUGCCAACACGCUGGUAGAAUUGCGGUCUAUAUUAGAAGAGGAUGGUAAUUCGUGGUACACCGAUAUUGUUUCUGCUUUGCAGGCUGCUCGUGGACAGUGCCAGAGUCUCAUCAGUGCGUUCCAGAACAAUGCACAUGUUCCGCGAGAUAAGCUUCCGAUCAUUGCAGUCGUCUGCCAAGGGGACAAUGGUGCAGGUCCAAAAGCUUUCUCAUUGGCUGAUGCCGAACGAAUCGUGACCACAGAUUUCGAUCGUCUUCUCAAAGGAUUGACUCCCUCACAACGAAUCUCCGGGGUACAAUAUCUCAAUGAUGCUCGCUCUAAUGCCCAGACGGCCGUUCAGGAAGCACGAAGACUCAAAGACAGUAGGGACAUGGCGGUCAAGGCGGCUGUUUCUGCUAUCUUCGUCAGACUCCAGGAAAUACCAAAAAAGCCAGGUCAGUUGAUCAAGUGCAUCAUGGACAGCAUCAAAGGUGAAGAGAAUGAAGAGCUGCAGUCUCGAUCCGCUUCCGCUGUUGGAACCCUAAUCGAUUUCUACACAAUGAGUACGAAGCGUGGACCGGUUGACAAGUUAGUUUCGAACUUGGUCAAGUUUACUUGCGUCGAUACCUCCGAAACCCCUGAGUUUGCGCCCAAUGCUGACUUUGAGGACGUGGUAUUGUCACUCCGGAAGGAAGAAGAUCGAAAGGACCAUCCAGAUGCUGCGCGCUUUGAGCAAGAAGCCAAAGAAGCCAGGAUCAUGCGAAGAGGCGCUAAGUCUGCGCUUGAUGAAUUGGCCAGGACAUAUGGCGCGAGUCUGUUUGAGAAACUUCCAGUUUUGCAGUCGCUCAUCGAAGGUCCCAUCAAAGACAUUGUAGGCCCUGCUGACGCGGCUACUCUCCAAGUCGACAACGAACCAGGUCAGUCUCUCGUGGAUGCCUUCUCUGUACUGCGAACAAUGUCUCCAAGGAUCGACUCAGCUCUUCAUUCUUGGAUCCUCUCCCUUACAAGCCUGAUCGGUAAAGCUAUGCGCAGCCGGCUAUCAGUUAUCCGCUACAGCGCCGCAAAGUGUUUCGCAACCUUAAGUAGCGUUAUGCCCGUCGAUGGGAUGACAAUGCUUGUUCAAGAGAUUUUGCCCAAUAUCAGCAAUCCUCUUGAUCUGAGGGACAGACAAGGAAUUACCGAAUGUGUUUAUCACCUGAUCCAGGUCAUGGGAGACCGGAUAUUGCCCUACGUCAUAUUCCUCAUCGUCCCAGUCCUUGGUCGCAUGAGUGAUGCCAAUAAUGAUAUUCGGUUGCUCGCAACGACAUCAUUCGCAACACUGGUCAAACUGGUUCCCCUCGAGGCUGGUAUUCCAGAUCCACCCGGGAUGCCCGAGGCAUUACUAGAAGGUCGUGAGCGGGAACGGAAGUUCAUGGCACAAAUGUUGAAUCCCAAGAAGGUUGAACCGUUCCAAAUCCCAGUUGCUAUCGAAGCAGAACUGCGAUCCUACCAGCAAGACGGCGUGAAUUGGUUAGCAUUCCUCAACAAGUACAACCUUCAUGGAGUGCUGUGCGAUGACAUGGGCCUGGGCAAAACGCUACAAACACUGUGCAUGGUAGCGAGCGAUCACCACAUCCGAGCGGAAGAGUAUGCGAAGACCCAGGCCCCCGACAUGCGUCGGAUGCCAUCUCUCAUCGUCUGUCCUCCAACUCUUUCCGGCCACUGGCAACAGGAAAUCAAGCAAUAUGCACCAUUCUUGACCUGCGUAGCGUAUGUUGGCUCACCAACGGAAAGAGGGAGUCGCCGUCAUCUCCUCGAAAAGGCCGAUAUAGUCAUCACUUCAUAUGAUGUUUGCCGCAAUGACAACGAUGUCCUCGCUGCAAUGACGUGGAACUAUUGUGUGCUUGACGAAGGUCAUUUGAUCAAAAAUCCAAAAGCGAAAAUCACUCUAGCUGUGAAGAGAAUCAUCUCAAAUCACCGACUCAUCCUCUCGGGUACACCUAUUCAGAACAAUGUUCUUGAGUUGUGGUCCUUAUUCGACUUUCUCAUGCCGGGCUUCCUGGGUACGGAGAAGGUGUUCCAGGAUCGAUUUGCCAAGCCAAUUGCAGCCAGCAGAAAUGCGAAAUCAUCGUCCAAAGAACAAGAAGCAGGCGCUCUUGCGAUUGAGGGUCUUCACAAGCAAGUUCUCCCAUUUCUGCUCCGCCGUUUGAAAGAGGAGGUGUUGAAUGACCUGCCGCCCAAGAUUCUUCAGAACUACUAUUGUGACCCAAGCGAUCUCCAGAAACGGCUAUUCGAAGACUUCUUCAAGAAGGAACGCAAGACAGUUGAGAACAGCGUGGGCUCAGGUGAUAAGGAAGCCAAGCAACAUAUCUUCCAAGCACUCCAGUACAUGCGAAAGCUGUGUAACUCUCCUGCGCUGGUGGUUAAAGAGGGUAAUAAGCAGUAUGAUGCAAUUCAGAAGCAAUUGGCAGCUUCCAAGUCAUCUCUCCGUGAUGUGGCACAUGCACCGAAGCUUGGCGCUCUUCGGGAUCUACUUGUGGAUUGUGGAAUUGGGGUGACCAACGAAUCGAACGAUGUCUCAGCAUCCAACUAUGUCUCCCAACACCGGGCUUUGAUAUUCUGCCAGAUGAAAGAAAUGCUUGACAUGGUGCAAACGGAGGUUCUAGGUAAAUUGCUUCCUAGUGUGCAGUUCUUACGACUCGAUGGCAGUGUCGAAGCCACCAAGCGACAGGGCAUCGUCAAUCAAUUCAAUAACGACCCGAGCUAUGAUUGUCUCUUACUCACCACGAGUGUGGGCGGUCUUGGGUUGAAUCUGACAGGCGCCGACACCGUUAUUUUCGUGGAACACGACUGGAAUCCACAGAAAGACAUCCAAGCCAUGGAUCGAGCACACCGAAUCGGACAAAAGAAGGUCGUCAAUGUCUAUCGGUUGAUUACGCGAGGCACGUUGGAGGAAAAGAUCCUCAAUCUCCAACGGUUCAAGAUCGACGUCGCGUCGACUGUGGUGAAUCAGCAGAAUGCCGGACUUGGCAGUAUGGAGACGGAUCAGAUUUUGGACUUGUUUAAUCUCGGCGAGACUGCGGACACGACGGGCGAGAACAACGGCGGUGGGAAGGAUGAAGACAUGGUGGAUCUUGAGACGGGCGAGGUCAAGAAGAAAGGGGAGAAGGGAUGGUUUGAUGAUGUCGGUGAGCUUUGGGACGAACGACAGUACGCAGAAGAGUACAACCUGGAUUCGUUUGUCCAGAAUCUGCAGAAAUAG